GAGUGUACUACCAGUUAUCGCCCAUACGUUGACUUGCCGAAUCAUCUGCUCCGAGUAUAUAUAGAAAAUCUAUAGGUUUUGAUGGUUUAGUUGGUAACCCGCACUCAACCUAGAAGUGAACCAACAGAGAUCGCUUAGUUAGUAGCUUCUUCCUCUUUACCUUUAUAAACGGCAUUGUGGUUGACCGUUCAUAAUUUGUUUGGUCUGCAGAACGAUCGAUCGAAUUCAAUAGUAGAGAGUUGAAUUCUGAAUCGAUACAACGAAAAUUUUCCAAUAAAAAGGAUUAUACACAAAAACUCGCAGAAAUACAAAAGGAUUACGCGUUCACGACCGGGAGUUGUGAUUGAAUUGUGCUCAAAAUGAGGAGCGCUCUUAUUAUUUUGGCGCUUUGCGUCGCCGGCAUCUAUGCCGAUGCAAGCACGGAUACACUUUUGAGAAAAGCACGUGCUGCUGAGGGUUAUGAUUACCCUCCACCCUCCAUACCAUUUCCCGAACCUACGCGCCCAACGCAACCACCUGUGACACGCCCACCAGCACCGAAGACUACACGUCCACCACCCCCGGUGACGAGACCACCACCAACUUAUUUGCCACCCACAAAUAAGCCACAACCACCAGCACCUAAGCCAACAACGCGUCCACCACCACCGCCGGUGACUCGUCCACCAGCACCAAAGACAACUCGCCCACCACCCCCGGCGACGAGACCACCACCAACUUAUUUGCCACCCACAAAUAAGCCACAACCACCAGCACCUAAGCCAACGACGCGACCACCACCACCACCGGUGACACGUCCCCCACCCCCGGCGACGAGACCACCAGCAACUUACUUGCCACCCACAAAUAAGCCACAACCACCAGCACCUAAGCCAACAACGCGUCCACCGCCACCACCGGUGACACGUCCACCAGCACCAAAAACCACACGUCCACCGCCACCACCAACAUACUUGCCACCAACCAACAAACCACAGCCACCGGCACCAAAACCGACAACGCGUCCACCACCACCGCCAGUAACUCGCCCACCAGUUGAACGUACUACAUAUGUCUAUGAUAGGCCCGAAAAUCCAUUGACCUAUCCUCCACCAACCAACAAGCCACAACCCCCAGCACCUAAGCCAACUACUCGUCCACCACCACCUCCAGUGACUCGUCCUCCUCCACCACGUACAACUCCGGCGCCAACAUAUUUGCCACCCACCAACAAACCGCAGCCUCCGGCACCUAAACCAACAACCCGUCCACCACCACCAGUGACUCGUCCUCCACCACCGAAGACUACACGUCCUCCACCUCCAGUGACGAGACCACCACCAACAUACUUGCCACCCACCAACAAACCACAGCCUCCAGCACCUAAGCCAACAACCCGUCCACCACCACCACCAGUGACUCGGCCCCCGGUACCGAAGACAACUCGUCCUCCCCCUCCAGUAACGAAGCCACCACCAACUUACUUGCCACCAACCAACAAACCACAGCCACCAGCACCUAAACCAACCACCCGUCCACCACCACCAGUAACACGUCCACCACCACCAAGAACAACACCAGGUCCAACAUAUUUGCCACCAACCAACAAACCACAGCCACCAGCACCUAAACCAACAACCCGCCCGCCACCACCAGUAACUCGUCCACCACCACCGAAGACAACUCGUCCUCCACCUCCGGUGACGAAGCCACCACCAACCUACUUGCCACCAACCAACAAACCCCAGCCACCAGCACCUAAACCAACAACGCGCCCGCCACCACCAGUAACUCGUCCACCAGCACCGAAGACAACUCGUCCUCCACCUCCAGUGACGAAGCCACCACCAACUUACUUGCCACCCACUAAUAAACCACAACCACCAGCACCAAAACCAACAACUCGCCCACCACCACCGGUGACACGUCCACCACCACCACGCACUACUCCGGGUCCUACCUACUUACCACCCACCAACAAACCACAGCCGCCGGCACCUAAGCCAACCACCCGUCCACCUCCACCACCAGUGACUCGUCCACCAGCACCGAAGACAACACGUCCUCCACCACCAGUGACUAAGCCACCUCCAACUUACUUGCCACCAACCAACAAACCACAGCCACCAGCACCUAAACCAACAACCCGCCCACCACCACCAGUGACUCGUCCACCAGCACCGAAGACAACACGUCCUCCACCACCAGUGACUAAGCCACCUCCAACUUACUUGCCACCAACCAACAAACCACAGCCACCAGCACCUAAACCAACAACCCGCCCACCACCACCAGUGACUCGUCCACCAGCACCGAAGACAACACGUCCUCCACCACCAGUGACUAAGCCACCUCCAACUUACUUGCCACCAACCAACAAACCACAGCCACCAGCACCUAAACCAACAACCCGCCCACCACCACCAGUGACUCGUCCACCAGCACCGAAGACAACACGUCCUCCACCACCAGUGACUAAGCCACCACCAACUUACUUGCCACCAACCAACAAACCACAGCCACCAGCACCUAAACCAACAACCCGCCCACCCCCACCAGUAACUCGUCCACCACCACCACCAGUCACUCGUCCACCAGUACCGAAGACAACUCGUCCUCCACCACCCCGCACUACUCCAGGUCCAACAUACUUACCACCCACCAAUAAGCCACAGCCACCUGCACCUAAACCAACAACCCGUCCACCACCACCAGUGACUCGUCCACCAGCACCGAAGACAACUCGUCCUCCACCUCCAGUGACGAGGCCACCUCCAACCUACUUGCCACCAACCAACAAACCACAGCCACCAGCACCUAAACCAACCACCCGUCCACCACCACCAGUGACUCGUCCACCACCACCAAGAACAACUCGCCCACCACCACCACCAGUAACACGUCCCCCACCACCACAACCACAACCAACUCCCAAGGAUGAGGGUUACAAAUAUCCCAAGCCAAGCAUUCCUUUCGAUUUUUAAGUGCCGAGUUAACUGUAACAGUUGAAUUUGCUCAAUAUUAUGUUAAGAAAGAAAGAUAGCCUGCGAGUUUUAAAGGAUAUUUAAAUAAAAAAAAGUAGUGGUGAAGCUCAUUAACGCCGAAAGCUAACACAAUCUAGCGAUGUGGUACCAACAAUUAAACUAGGGCUAGAUUACUCUAGUCAAUACAAUAUGAGAAUGUUAUUUUUACUUUCGGCUCCCACAAGAGCUCUGCAUAGCAAGAAUAUCAAAUGUUUUUUCCUUUUUGUUUAUACUUAAAAAUAAAAAAAAUACUCUUACAAUUAGACGUACGUAUUUUAUAUGAAGAAAAAAAUAUCCACCAUUUUGUUUUUGUAUUUCGGAUGUAAUUUUUUACCAGUUUUGUAAGGCAAACAAGUUGUCAUUGUAUGAAAGAGUUUAUUGAAAACAAUAAAUUAUGUAUGUACCUAAAAAUGUUUAAAA